GACGGCUUUGUCGCCGGCCGUUGGAGAAGAACUUUAUAUAGUUCUGGUUCCUGUCAAAAUCGCUCGAAUUGCCUAGACUUUCGAUUUUGCCUGGAACCAGUGACGUUUAAUCACACUGCUCGGUUGCUCUUGUACGCCAAUUUGCGUUUCCCACUCCUGUCUCACGGGAAAAUCAUCCCUUGGGGACUCUUCAAUACUUUACAGAAUUUUCUUGGCAGCCUGCGUUAUCUACGUCAUUUGUGAAUGAAGCCAUGGCAAGAGACGAAGAACGCUCUUCAUUGCAUAGCUCUCUCGACGAUGAUAGCAAUUCACUAGAGCAGCGGCGCACCAACUACGAUGAACGGCCCAACACAGCGCUGGAGAAGCAGAGCACGGCGGCCUCUGCCCUGUCAGUCUUUGAACAACGCGCGCAGUCGGUAGUUUCAAGAAUUCGCAGUCGAGAACCUGGUCAGACUGCACGCUUCACGCACCCUCUGACACAUACCAAAACAUCGACUGAUGUGAUUGUGGACUUUGAUGGGCCUGAUGACCCAUAUCUCCCGCUUAACUGGAGUUUUAGGAAAAAGGCUAUCACCACUGUAUUAUAUGGGCUGACAACAAUGGGUGCGACUUGGGCCAGUUCGAUCUACUCCACAGGCACGAGACAAGUCGAUGCGGAAUUCGGUGUUGGCGAGGAAGUUGGUACCCUUGGUACAGCAUUGCUGCUGUUCGGAUUUGGGCUCGGUCCGCUUGUAUGGGCACCGUUGUCUGAAGUCUAUGGGCGUAAACCUGCCGUUUUAGCCCCAUACUUCAUUGCCGCUGUAUUCUCCUUUGGUACCGCUACCGCCAAAGAUCUGCAAACUGUUAUGAUCACUCGGUUUUUCACCGGAUUUUUUGGUUCAGCACCUGUCACUAACACUGGCGGUGUUCUGAGUGAUAUCUGGACCGCGGAACAGCGAGGAGCAGCCAUCGUUGGUUAUGCUAUGGCCGUAGUUGGAGGACCGGUGCUGGGACCCAUCGUUGGUGGUGCAAUCGUUCAAAGCUAUCUUGGUUGGAGAUGGACUGAAUAUCUCACCGGUAUAAUGAUGAUGUUCUUCCUCCUGAUGGACGUUCUGUUCCUAGAUGAAAGCUACCCUCCGGUAUUAUUAGUCUACAAGGCCCAGAGACUUCGAUUUGAAAGCGGUAACUGGGCUCUCCACGCGCGGCACGAGGAAUGGGAUGUCACAUUCAAAGAACUCGGCAACAAGUACCUCAUCCGCCCCUUCCAGCUCCUGACAACCCCAAUUUGUUUCUUGGUUGCCCUUUACGCCUCAUUCGUUUACGGUAUCAUCUACCUCAGUUUGGCCGCUUUCCCCGUUGAAUUCCAAGAAGUCCGAGGCUGGAAUCAAGUUGUCGGCGCAUUGCCAUUCCUGGGAUACCUAGUCGGAAUCCUCUUCGGCGCGGCCGUCAACCUCCUCAACCAAAAGUUUUACGUUAAGCGCUUCAAAGCAAACAACAAUUUCCCCGUUCCGGAAGCCCGCCUUCCCCCAAUGAUGCUAGGAUCCGUUUUCUUCGCCGCAGGCAUGUUUGUGUUCGGCUGGACCGGUCAACGAGACAUUCACUGGAUCGGCCCCAUAAUGGGUGCCGUGAUGAUGGGCUUCGGCUUCUUCACCAUCUUCCAAGCCGCCCUCAACUAUCUGAUCGACACCUUCCAGAAAGUCUCCGCGAGCGCUGUGGCAGCUAAUACUUUCCUCCGGAGUGUCUUUGCCGGCUGUUUCCCGCUCUUCGCCAGUAUCAUGUUUCGCAAGCUGGGUGUACCCUGGGCUGCUAGUGUGCUGGGCUUUGUUUCAGUUGCGCUUAUACCCAUUCCGUACUUGUUUUACAUCUUUGGAAAGCGCAUCAGAGCUGCUGGGGAGUGGUCUCGUGAUUCUGUAUAUGGGCACUGAGCGCCCGCUGUCUUCGUGACCAAAUGAUUAUGACGACAUCAUGUUCAAGAGAUAUGGUUGAGUAAUGUUCUAUUUUUGUUGAUUCGUGCUUCAUAUACCCCUUGGCGAAGCAAGUCU